CUUUUUAGGAUGUGAAUGCUGAUGGCAACACGAAGCAUUCAUAGCCUAGUAGAUUAUAAUGUUUCGUGUUGUAUUUCAUAUAGAUAAUUUAUCAAAAUCUUCUUCUUUUACUGUUAGAGAUAAGUAACCUCUCGAGCUGUAUUUAUUAACUUCAUAUCUAUUGAAUUAACAAUAUUAAUCAUGCAACUACAUCAACGUUUUAAGGCCAAGAGUAUGAAAACGUUGAGUUCAUUAAACUGAACAAAAUACAAUAGUUGAAAUUUGUUUUUGACACCGAAACAUGAAGAUGUCGGCCAUUCGAGGCCAGUUUCUGCGAAUGUUAAAAUAUUUUGUUUCCAUUAUCGUAUUUGCGCAAAGAUUUCCCUGUGGGCCCUUCUAGAGUGAGAGUGGACAACAACGGAAACUAUCCAUAUAUUCUGUGAUUCUAAGUAGGAUCAGUUUUCGCUAAAUUUUAGAUGAAGAACGGUAUACCACCGAUACAUUAUAACGGCAGGAUCCGACUAAAUACAAUUCUGCUAUAACCUAACAGUUUAUGUGAGGCUAAUGAUUACUCUAAGCAUUCGUCGUUAUUUUAGAUAAUUCCACUGUUAUAUACAUGACAAAUGAGCACAGUUCGAGAGAGCAUUAAGUUAAGUUGGAUUUUCCGCCAAAACCAACUUAAUGCUUAAGUAGGUAUUUUCUGGUUUUCUUCGUAAGAACAGAACACAAGUUGUAGCAUGCAUAUUUUCUUCAUAUAUCGCUGUACAGUUUAUCAAUAGUAAUCCUUGAAUAAAGAAAAAACAUUUCUUAUUCCCUUGACUGUAAAGGAAAGGGUCUUAUCGAGUUAAAAUGCCUGUAUGUUUGUAUGUUCGCAGACUAGACUAGCGACACACAAACUAGUAGAGCAAAACUUGAUUGGGUGAAAAUUAUAUGGAUUAGGUAAUCGACUAAGGAGAAUCAGAAAAUGCGUAUGAGUGACUUCUGCGAACAGUUCUAUUGGUCGAAAUGUGCAUCUGAACUUCGUUGAAUGAAAAUGAUGUACAACAGGCGAUGUAUAUGGCACCGGAAAACAUCAGUGUGACUGUCUGUGUGUACUCCUGUGUGACGGGAGUACACACAGACGUUUGAACACUGUGUGACGGACAUGGAUGUACACAUAGUAUGGAUAGUCCUCUAGCGAACACCUACCGAAGGGAGGUGUAAGUGUUGUCUUUGAUUCGAAGUCAUCGAGGAUCGUUCAUACACUGUAAAUUCGAUUCGCAGAAAAGUACAUGAUUUACCAGGGAGUUUUCGUCAUUGUUCAUAGCAUCAUGUGGAAAAGCCAAUGAAAAUUUUUUACUUCAUUGGAUAAAGUCCGUGAAUGUAUCUGUCAGGAAGUUUACUCAGUAAUUAUAAUGGAGAAAAACAGAAUUUUAUAUUGAUUCUGGUUCGCUUCUUGCUCUUGUUCUGUAUUUUUUAUGUAAUAUGAUAGCACAGAAUGACAAAAACGGUUGACAAAAGUUAUUGCAUUCAGUCCGUUUCGAAUUUGAUCGUCUAUCUAUUUUGACCAAGUUCAUGCAUAUUAAUAAUGGCUUCGAUGUACUUGUUAUCCAUUGUUUAUUUUUUCCAUGGCUAUUCCAUUGAACUAGAUAAGUAUUGUGUACAUCUUAUCCGUCUUUUUAUUACAAGCUGGUGCUUUGUGGAUGCUUUUCUUUUAUCUAGAGAUGUUAAUUUCGCUGAAAAUGGUAUGCAUGCAUCUGUGGAUUAUUAUAUAGUUAAUGAUCAAUGUGAAUGAAUUUAUGGUGACCGUCAAAUUGUUUCGCCUCUCGAAGCUUUUUCUGAAGGUGUAACUCAGUGUUUUAUGUUUCUAAGUUAAUAGAUUAUUAUAUAGUUAAUGAUCAAUGUGAAUGAAUUUAUGGUGACCGUCAAAUUGUUUCGCCUCUCGAAGCUUUUUCUGAAGGUGUAACUCAGUGUUUUAUGUUUUUAAGUUAAUAUACUUUAGAUAUCUGGAAUCAACGUAACGGACUUUGUUUGUCCGUCAUGCACAAAUUGGUCAACACCUUAUCUGAAAACAUUUGUUAAUCAUUUAAAAAAUACUCAUGACACCAAUAAAAAUAUUACUAUUAUGUGUAAUUUAUGCAAUUCUGUAUCUUCGAACGCAAGAGCGUUUUCGCAACGUGUUAGUAAAUAUCAUAGAACGCAGGAUAAAGCCGUAAAGGAAGAUGAUGAACUUCAAAUAUUAGAAGAAAGCAUCGAACAAACGCAACCUGUGAUAAUUAAUACAAGUAUGAAUGAUGAUGACUAUAUGGUCACUGAAGAAGAAACAUCUGAGGAACAACUACCAACAACAUUAACUGAAAUGAACUCAUUUAUUAAACGAAUUUCACAUUUUCUACUGACACUUCAAUCUUGUUUUUAUAUAUCUGAGGCUGCUAUUAGAUAUGUGGCAACAAAUUUAGCUGAUCUACUAGAAUGGUUGUUAGUUCACCCAGAUCAAGCCAUCCAUGGACGUAAAGAGUCGGUGGCGGCAAAACGAUUUUGCCCAUGUUGUGAUAUUACCUCGGAUAAUUUUGUCGACUUCAUCGAUCAGGAUUACAAUGCCGAUGGUACAUUGUCAACGAACAUCUUCAAGCAUAAUAUAAUGCUACAGUACGUAACAACAAUUCCUGAUGGAUUGAUCCUGAAUAUUAACCAACUGCUACUACCGUCACCAUCCACAAGUACAGUACAAAUUGCCAAAAUCGACUCAAUAAAGGUGAAACGUAAACAAGGAUUACUGACAAAACGAAAGAAAAAACAAAGAAAAGCAAGUGCGGUUAUUGAUAUCAAAGAAGUAAAGAAAAUUGGAAGUUAUGAAACAGAUACUGACGAGGAAAAUGAGAAUUUAGUUGUAAAGCGUGCUCGUGUUAAAGAAAGCCCAGUGAAUGACAAUGUAAACCGUGUUUUAAAUGGAAUCUCAAUAAAUCUGAGUGCAUAUCACUUUCUAGAAGUUUAA